AUGAGUGUUUUUGUUUUUGGGUCAAAUGCCAUAUCCCAGCUAGGACUAGGAGAAGAUGCAGAAAGCACCCAUGUCCCAACCAGGCUUUCCUUCUUCGAUAAGAUGUCCCUGACCAAGGUUCGAUGUGGAUCGUUACACACUCUGGUGCUUGACUCCGAUGGGAUGCUGUACUCUUGGGGAUGUAACGAUGAAGGUGCAUUGGGAAGAGACGGAGACGAAUCCACUCCCCAAAGGGUCUGUCUUGAUGAAAAGAUCGUUGACAUGGACUGUGGGGCUUCUAUCUCCGUGGCGCUGACCUCCAGAGGACAUGUAUAUGUCUGGGGGACAUUCAGGUCGACUAACGGCACCUUUGGAUUGACCCCAGGGAAGAAGAUUUCUUUUGAACCUGUAAAAGUCCCCCUCAAAAGCAUAACAGCCCUGAGUGCUGGCCAAGGCUUUGUGGCUGCGCUUGAUUCCAAGGACUCUAUCUUUACCUUCGGCUCGAACGAGUUUGGAGAACUUGGAAGGAGAACAUCCGAAAGAAAUAAGCUAAGGGCCCUUAUCCCUGACGCAGUAACGACGCCCAGAAAGCGCCUGCGAAACUAUAGGUUCAGGUCGAUUAGCUGUGGCCUGAACCAUAUUAUAGCACUGAAUACAGAUGGAGAGGCCUACUGCUGGGGAUCCAACUUGUACGGCCAGCUGGGGCACGACAAGGCUGAAAGCACCUUCAACAAAUACAAGGUGCCUUUGGAUGGCAUACGUCAGGUGGCCGGAGGAGAGAACCACAGUCUGUUUGUCACCAUAGAUGGCACCCUAUAUGGGUGCGGCAGAAACAAGGAAGGCCAGCUUGGGAUCCAAUCAGUAGAAGCCGUGAGGACUCCCAUGAAGCUUAGCAUUGAGCAUGUAGAGACAGUCCGUUCCUACAACAGCUUCAACAUAUGCAGGGUUGGAAACGAAUUAUACUCGUGGGGAACGGGAUUCAACGGUGCGCUAGGGCAUGAGGAGGAGACCAUACUCAUACCAAAGAAAAUUCCAUUUGACUUCCCGGAGGUGAUAGACUUUGAUGUUGGGAAUGAUUUUUCUGUUGUGGUAACAAGGUAG